AUGCCGACGAGUUUAAAAGACGCAUUUAAAGUAUGGGAAGAAAAAACGAAUGCAAACAUAUCGGAAGCGAAAGAAGUCAUUUUGAGCUUUCAAAAUCCACCGAUAGAAAAACUCGACAAUUCUCUAUCAAUACUCGUGCACUGUGAAAAAUUAUCUCUCUCGUCGAAUUCCAUUGAAAAAAUAACCGGAUUUAACAAUUUGAAAAAUUUAAAAAUCCUUUCCCUGAGUAGAAACGUCAUAAAAAGUUUUUCCGGUUUGGAACCUUUGGGUGACACUCUCGAACAACUUUGGAUAUCUUAUAAUUUGAUUGAUAAAAUAAAAGGCGUGAGCAUUUUCAAAGCAUUAAAAGUUCUUUACAUGAGUAAUAAUUUGGUGAAAGAUUGGUCGGAAUUUCAAAAGCUACAAGAAAUUCCACUUUUGGAAGAUUUGGUUUUCUUGGGUAAUCCACUCGUCGAACAAUUAGACGAAGAAUAUUGGCGUAAAGAAGCGGCGAGAAGACUUCCGUCGCUUAAAAAACUCGACGGCGAACCCAUAAUAAGAGAAUAA